CCGCUACAAAAUGACAAGCGCCUGAGCCCAGGUCUCAGCACCGCGACACCUCGCAACGGCGACACGGAGAGUCGCUGCAACAAGCGGCAGCGCGGCCGUCACCCCCCGAGGACCCUUGAAGGAUGCGGCCCUGCAGGACUGGACCAGAGACGGGGCUGGGCCUGGGGGUCCUGGCUUCCCAAGACAGCCAGGGGGAAGCUGCGUGCUUCUCCUGACACGCUUCUGCCGUGUUUUGUGGCCGCGGCUGUCACCCAGCCUGGGCUCAAGGGGGUGGAGAUUAUAGAAAUUAAACUGUGCUUGUAACAGCAGGUUGUGUUGACUCAGGACCGUGGGCUCCCCAAGGGCGGGGCUCCCCAGGAAUGCACCCCACUCUGUAUUUGUUGCACUGAGUUUAACCUAAUCAGUGGUGUCACUGUCACCCGUACUCCUGGCUGCCUCCACUCCCAUCGGGGAGAGGCCGGGCCGUCGAUGGAGCCCUGAGAGAAGGGUGCCUGGCCUCGGCCCCGACACGUUCCCACGCUGCGCUGACUGUCCUGUGCGGGUUUCUGGGGAGACCGUUCCUCCCUGAGUGGCUUUGGGUGGCAGGGACCAGAGCAGGCCUGACCACGCCAGGCCAGGCUCCCCCAGCUCCCUCCUUGGCGAGCUUGGUCUUGCGUCUCCCUUGGUCACCAGGAAAAGCCCAGCUUUCGUGACACCCAGCUGCCGGGCAAUCCCGAGGGAGCACUUGGAUGGAUGCGUUGGUACUGGACCCCAAGAUGGAGCGCAGUCUCUACACACGGGGAAUUGGCGCCAGGCAGGCCGAGCCCAUCAGUGCCCCGGCCCCCCACCACACCAGCCGGGCGUGGAGAGGCCAUCGUGGGUGCCCAGGUCAAGGGCCUGCACCUGACCCACACAGCUACGGGAACAGCCCGCCCUACCGAGGCCAACAGUCUCCUGUGGGGAUGGUCCCCAGGGCCGCGGCCCUACCUGGACGUGCCGCUGUGCCUAUCCCCGGGCCCCAAGGGGCACCUGUCGCCUCUGGGCAGCAGGCAUGGGCCUCCCCGCUCCUGCCGUGGACGAGAUGCCCCUCUACACUCAGAGGCCUCUUCCUCGUCUCCCCCUGCACAGCCCCCCUCCUAGGGAAGUUUCCAGACACCCAUCUGGGAACAUGUCUGCCUGCACCUGCCCUGGAGUGGGGGCCUGUGGAGGACAGGCAGCGCACACAGGGUGAAAACCACUCAAGCCGCUUUUCAGGCUGUCAGACGUCCCCACCCCACGUUUUCACAGCCCUAGUAACUCUCCAGGCCUGGGGUGUCUUCUCCAUUGACCUUCCACACAGAAUUAAAAGCCCCAUUCGAAGAGGAAGCCGGGACCCUGCAGGCUGGGGUCAUGACCCGAGAAGGGCAGAGUGGGGCCGGGCCCCGCCUGAAGCUGACCCCAACCCGGGCCACCACUCAGCUCGCCCUGGUGGCUCCUGCGAUCCCACUGCCGGCCAGACGCUCUCUCCCUCACCCAGACCAGCCCUCACCGGGAGACACGAAGCCGAGUUGGGCAAGGUGAGAGGAGUCCCAGUCUGCCAACUGCCGCCGCCCGCCAAAACUGCCAAGGCCGUGACUCACCAGGAAGCGGUGAGUCAGGUCGCUUGGCUCUGCUGUGUCGUGCCUCUAAGUGGCAAGUCUGCGAGGGGCUCGAAGAAAGGAGAUGCAAAUAGGAUGUGAGGCAGAGUGGCCUUUCCAGUGACUUGCCCCAUCUUGUCCCAGAAGGAGCCACAACGUGGCAUCUUUUGCCAUUCAUUCUGUGUGCUGUCCACAGACAUUCACAAAAAAAGUCCUGCCAUCCAAUAAGUGUGGGCACACUUGGCAACUCCAUACUAUACGGGCUUUGUAGUUGCAGGACUUAUCAGAGCCUUUCAUGUGCUGAUGUCUGGGUAGCUCUAAGGAGGACAUGUGGAAUGCAGCAUUUCCCAGAGAGUUAGACAUUCUGAUCCCAGAGCAUCUCUUGGGCUGGGCUUCGGCGAAGAAUUUUAGAAAUGCCACUGUGGGCCAUGAGGGGCCUUGAUGGUUUUCUGAUGGGACAGCAGGAACAGAACUCCUCGUUUGAUUCAGGAGGUGACCUCUGGAAGCGAGAACCUCCCCGGGCUGCCCACACCUCUGGAGUCCCCAGCGCCCGUGGGAGCAGCCCACAGAGCUGGUGCAAGGCCAGCGGUCUGUUGAUGUCGACGCCUCUGGCGUGCAUGGAGCCGCCCGCCUUUCAGAGCGCCGGUGCGCCCAAUCUCUCCCCUCGGGCUCACGUCAGGCCUGGUCAUGCUCAGCUCCCAUUUUACAGAUGCGGAAACUGAGGCCCAGAGAGGUGGUGACAUUCGUGCCAAAAGUGGGUCUGGGUCCUGCUCAGGCCCAGCAUCAGUCUCGUCAGCCCCUGGGGUGGGCCACCGUCUGGACCGAGAGAGGGCUCAGGCGAGACCGGCGGCCAGCCACAACUCCAGGACGCCAUUCGAGCCCCCGUGCCACGUGGCAGCCCCACCCACGCCCACCUGCCGCCCCUGGAGCGCUGGGCUCUGGGCCUUUCAUGCCACCUCGGUUUGCACGUGUCCUGUGCUCUGGGGGAGUGGGCACAGGAACUUAGGGGCAAUCCUCUGGGGAAAGACCCUUCCUCCAGGGCAGGAGGGUCCGCCAGCCAGGCUGAGACAAGGGCCUGCACCCUGGACAGACGGGGGAGGCAGGGACACCCAGGGAACAGCAGGAGCCUUGAUUUGGUCUGGACCCCAUGGUGGGGCAAAGGCCCUGGGGCAAGUGAAGCCCUGGGGCCGAGGGGGAAGCAGCAGUGUUGCCAGAGCCCAGUUAGGAAGGGAGCCCAGCCCGUGGAGCCCAGAGCCUGCUGUGCGCCCGGUGGGGGUGCUGCCUGCCUCACCGCACGCCAGGCCAGCUUGGACAGCUUGGCAGCUCGGGGUGCAGGGAGGCGGACACUGGCCCUCUGUCCAGGAGGGGGUCCCGGCGGGGGAGUGGGGCCCCCAAGCCAUCAUAGGCGGCUCCAGGCUGCCCUGGCUCUGACACAGCAUUUUGGGGAAGCAAGAAAUCGGUGUCUCCCAGGUGGCACCGCAGCGACCCAGUGGGCUCACGCUGGAGCCGAGGACGCGGCCCAGCUGCCCUGAAGGAGAGGCCUCCGUGUCGGCCCAGGGCUGGUGUGAUGGUGAAUUUCGUGUGUCAGCUUGGCUGGAUCGCAGGCGGUCAGACGUUAUUCUGGGUUUUCCCGGGUCGGUGUUUUUGAAUGAGAUUAACGUCCACAUGGAUGGACAUUGAGUAAAGCCCUCCUUGAUGUGGGUGGGCCUCAUUCAAUCAGUUGAAGGCCUGAAUAGAAGAAAAAGACGAGCCUCCCCUCGCAAGAGGGAUUCUCCUGCAGACGCCCUUCAGACUGGAAUUCCCGGGUCUUCGUCCCGCCAGCCCACCCUGCGGAUUCUGUGCUCGCCAGCCUUCCUAAUCCCAUGAGCCAAUUCCUUAUAACAGAUCUCUCUCUAUAUAUUCAUGUAUACACACAUAGGUAUGUGUACACCAGUCACACACACACG